CCGAUACGAUGCCGACUGCACACCCGUGACGUCGCUUCCCUUCGUUCCCCAUCCCCCCGUGACGGCCGAUGAUCCUGAUCCGCUCCAGACCUAAUCCCCUUCGCCGGCGCAACACCAAAUCGUCAAUCCAUCCCAUCUCAUUCUAUGGAGGACGAGGCAGUCGAUCCACAUCCAAGUGAAGUGCUGCUAGAUCGCUCCGUGCUGCGACUCAUAGAUGAGGUAGCCGAGGAAAUCGAAAGAGGAGGAGCACCGCCGCUGUCCGUCACCGUGGCCAAAAUUCUUGAUGGCAUCCCGGCGUGCGGCAGCAGAGAAGAGAUGCAAAUCGCCAGGCAAAGAGCGAUCACAGCAGAGAUUUUGCGCUAUCGGGCAGAGGUCGAGGCGCCGGCGGCGGCAACCGUUCGCGACCGCAAAGCCUCCCGCCCCAGCGCGGUGGAGAAGGUCGUGGUGGCCUUCAGCGGCAACGACGACGCUGCCUUCUACCGUGAGGUACUGGAAGGCAUCGAACCUGUUCUUGAGGUCGCCGACCCCCCAGGAGUGACCUCCCUGGCCCUUCGCCUGUCUUGGGCACCAGGCUUCCCCUUGCGCAGCAGGUACCCCUCCGGCGCCGUCAUCUGGAGCUCUCACCACAACAUACUCGUCCUCUUCGUCACCACAUACGCUUCCGGUCUCUGUUGGCCAGGGUUUUACCUGGUCUACGAUUCCUGGGCCAGUUCGGUCGCCGUGAUCCCGCCGCUGCCAUCCUGGUCCGCCUACAUGUUCUCGCACUGCAGCAUUGGGACCGGGUCCGCCGUCCUGCGCCACGAGGCGCCCAGCAACUAUGUGCUCGCCGACCUUCUCCUCCGUCAAGAACACGGUUGCGCCACAAACAAGGCCGAUCUGUUUCUGUGGUGGUCGUCCGGCGACUGCGCCGGCCGGUGGAUGCAGAAACAGGUGGAGCUCCCCCUCCCCUCUGAGCCUGAGAAACACACGUCGAAGCGCACCUACAACUUCACCGCCGACGCGGUGUUCGCGGGCGGAUGGAGCCGCCUCUGCUGGGUCGAUCUUCUCCAGGGUGUCUUGGUCUGCGACGACGUGUUGGCUGCAUGUCCUCGGUUCCGCUUCAUCGCGUUGCCCGAGGGGUGUUUCAUCAAGCAUGUCCUCCGGGGGCAACCGGAGGAGUACCGGUCCGCAUGCUGCGUCGAGCGUCCUGGUGAAGGGAUCCUCAAGCUUGUCACCAUGGACGGCCAUGGCCAAGACAGCCCCAUCAGCGAUGUGACCCUCACCACGUGGAGCCUGUCCCUCGACGGCUGCCGACCGGAGUGGGUGAAAGGCCCAUCCGUCACCCUCCGCGAGCUCUUGACCGACCCAACCUACAAGGAUGUCCUGGGUCUGCAGCCGCUCAUACCUGUCCUUAGCAUGGUUCAAGAUGAUGUCGUCUACCUCUCCUUUGCUCCCCGCCGUGAGUCCAUCCAUGCUGACGACCGUGAGUCCGUCGAUGCUGACGACCGUGAGUCCAUCGAUGCUGAUGACCUUGAGUCCGUCGAUGCUGAUGACAUUGUGGAUGUUCCAGCCAGAGGUUUCUGUAUGGUUAGGCUUAGCCUCGACCUGCAGCGUCGGAGGGUGUUGUCUGCCCACAAGUUACCUCCUGAAAGCAGAGUUAUUCCCAACCCUGAUAUCUUCACGAGUGACUUCAACACCUACUUCAACAAGACAAGUCAGUGGUGUGAAGCGCAGCAGAAGCUUGGUGAAGAUGCAAGCCAUUCGAGUGGUGAGAAGCUUCCCCGUAUCAGCGAUGCCGCGCUGAUGUCCGCCCGACCUUGUUUCAGGCCCAACACUUGGCCUCGCUCGUUAGGUAGCAGCUAUAGGAUGGGAUUGGCUGAGCUUCUGGAUGGUGUUUUCUGUGACUGAGGCGCGGGAUGGAGGAGGAAGGGCGACGUGGGAUGGAUCGGACUCUCACUUCUUGAGCAAUCUGUCUUUCAGUUUUAGCUCAGUAUGUUUAUCACUGCCAUUGUUAUCUUUUGAAACAGAUGAUCUCAAUAUAGCUGCCAUAAUGUGUUAGAUCACUGCUUACUCAGGACAUAGGAAUUAAGACAAUGAAAGAGGCAGUACAGCUUCGUAAACUCUUUCCAGCUGCUUAAUGAAUUGAGCCCUCGAAGGACAUGGCCGAGGUUACUGUGCACACAUGGCUGCUACCAAAUCAUUGUACUGUUUAUGUUUACUUUUGUGUAACUAUCAGUUGAGCUGUGGUUAAACUUUUGAUAUCUUUGUCAGGUUCGGCCUUCCUUUAUGACAAGAAUCACGUGCAACCUCUCUCUCCACGAGUACUGUCCUGAUCUUAUUCCUGUUAGUCUUAGAGGAGCCGAAUUCUGAAGUUUUCGAGUUCUGUCAUGAUCCUGUUCCUAUUA